AUGAGCGUACGCACGUCAUCCCCCCGCAGCAGUGCAACACAGACCAUUGGGGCACAGACUAGAGCCUCGAUCAUCGAAUCCUUAGCGUUCGAUGUGGACCGGGACCUCAAAAGAAAGCACGAGGCACACGACGAUCCGACCGUUGAGACAGACUCAAGAGGCCGACCUUCGCGCCGGGCACCCACACCAUAUCCCCACAAGCGAUUAAGAACCUCGACAGAAUGCACGACACCUCCGCCAUCAUGCGAGCCAUUCCUCCUUGGUGCUAUGCGCUCGCCACGUGGCAGCCCAUGCCAUGAGAACGACAGCGCGACGCCAUCUUCAUGUCCGGGUGUGAUCGAGUAUAUGGACUCGCUCGAUCGCGACAUCGACAGCCUGCAAGCGAACCUCCGUAAGCUCCGCAAUAAGCUGUUCGAUGCUGGUGAUUACCACCAGUAG